CUAUUUCAUUCAUGAGUUGGAUCAGCGAUGGCAUCUAAAUCUGAUAUUCUACUGAAAGAGUGCUCUGACCAAUUGACUUGCCCGAUAUGUCUGGAAACUCUUAACACACCCAAAACCUUAGAAUGCCAGCAUGUGUUCUGUAUGGGAUGCCUGGAUAAAUGGAUCAAUGAGAAUAAAGCUAAAAGAGAAGACCAACAACCCGAAUGCUACCCAUGCCCAGUUUGCAAAGUUGAUUACAACGUCCCAAAGAAUGGCUCAAAAUCGUAUAAAACAAACUUCCUGCUUAGCUCACUUAUUGAUGUCCUUCAGAGAGUGGAGAAACUGAAGACAGAUGAACCAAUAUACUGUGAUGUCUGCCUAGAAGAUGGGGAAAAGUCAACUGUGAUAUGUCGCUGUAUUGAGUGUGCCGAGAACCUUUGCCAAACUUGUUCCACAGUACAUAAGAGGUCAAAACUGAGUCGCAGCCAUGAACUAUUGGAGGUUGCUGGGGAGGAUGGUGGGAAAUCUGAAGCUAUGCUAGCUUCUUUGAAAAAGAGCCAGAUGUUGUGUAAGGCACACCCUGGGGAGGCCCUCAAGUUCUAUUGUCAACAAGACAAGGUUGUUGUUUGCCGUGACUGUUGCAUCACAAAGCAUUCCAAUCACACCUGCGUCGCUUUAACAGAGAUCACAGAAAAACAUGUGGAAAACUUAAACACUUUAAUGACAUUUGCAAAAAAUAAAAUAAAUAAAUAUGACGAGAGUAAAAACAGAAUAGACGAGUUUAAAAUGAAAGCAAAUGAGGGAGCCAAAAAAGAAAUUGAUGAGUUGAAAAAGGACAGAGAUAUGAGGUUAAAGCAAGUUAGUGAUUACUUUGAUGGACUGGACAAAGAAUUGAAGGCAUCACAUGAAGAAAUCAUGAAACACCUACAAGAUCAACAGAAUCAACUAGAGAUUGACAAGGGAGUCUCAGAAGGUACACUGGCCAACCUCAGCACUAUGAUACAACAUGGGCACCCUGUAGAAAUUGCCAAUUCUAAUCCAGAUAUCAUGGAUAGAAUUCAAAAGUGGAGCCACACAACUAAAGUAAAACCCAAGCCAGAGCAUAAAAUAUACCGAUCUGGCACUUUGGACGUCAAAACCCUGGGAAAAGUUGGGUACUCUAUACAGCUCAAAGCAGAAGAGAUUCAAGAGAGGCGUCAAUUGGAAAUGCAAACAAAGCGUGAAGAUUGUAUAAUUCUAUGAAGUGCUCCAGCAUAAUGCUAAUUAUGUAAGCUGAAUUACACCACAAAGCCUUAGUUUAAUGAAUAAAAGUACAAAUGACUAUAAUAUAAUAAUAUAUAAUAUGAAUGUAAUACACUGUAUAUAUAUACCUGGUAUUAUAUAUAAAUGAAAAUAGAGAGAUAUUUGGUACUGAAAGACAAAGUUGCAGCUUUUUUCUCAUUUAGACUUUGAUUCUGUUACAUCGCAACAUAUGUCAGUGGGUG